AGUUGCACAACAGAUUGACAGAAAUAAACAAACAUUACCAAAUUUACCAUAAAUAGAACGGGUACAAAUUACAUAUAGACACAAAUUCAUGUUAGUUGUUUAUUUGAAAAAAGAAGACUGAAAAGAAGAACGUAGAACUUUAAAUUCUAAUACACGAGUUGAAUAAAACCAUAGGUAAAGUAUUUAAAAGCACACCUGAAGAUUGUAUAGUUUUAUCAAUGGAAGGAACAGUAACAGAAACACAAAGACCAAAUUCUUGGGGUGAAACACAAACUGCAAGUUCACCGUGGGGAAAGACGAAAAAUGUUGUACCAUGCUCCCUUGAAGAAGUGAUGAGUGAGCAAUUAGCAGGAGAACUACAACAGACAGAAAAUACAGCACUUGAAACUUCCUCUGCUCAAGCUUUAGGAGUUGACAUAGAACCAGAGAUUCAAGAUUUGAUCGGGGCCACAUCUGGUGACCCUGAUACUGAUAGUGAUGCCGUGCUGGCACGUAUGCUACAAAUACAGUAUGAUGAGGAACAUAACAAACUUCUUAAAGCAGAGGAAAAACAUAAUAAUGGAACUAAUAAAGUGACAGUAUCUUACAGUAAUUAUAUUUGCCCACAUCCGACAUACAGUGAUGAUGACGAUGAUGAUGAAAAUCUUGAUGAUGAGGGUUACACUGAGAAAUCACCAUGGGACAAUAAAUCACCAUCAUUCAAUGCCCAGGGUUAUUCAGGCAAGGGUAAGAAUAUAACCACCAAGCAUGAUGCUGUAAUCUGUGGCAGGAAAAACGCCUCUAAAAUGAUGAAUUUCCCCCCAGAGUUUGUGAGUGGGGAUGGUGAAGGAAUGGAUAUGCAGCUACCAAACCACGUCUACAACAAACUUAAACGUCACAGUGACUCUGAAAAUAAAAGAAAUCAAAGACUACAUGACAAAAAAGAACACUCCACAGCAGAGCAUGCAAUGGAUCCAAGAACGAGGCUGAUUCUCUAUAAACUUGUUAACAAUGGUACGUUAGAAUCUGUCAGUGGUAGUAUCAGUACUGGGAAGGAGUCUGUUGUACAUCAUGCCAUUGGUGGCAGUAUAAAAGAUCAACCCUUGCCUGCAGAAGUUGCAAUCAAAGUUUUCAAGACAACACUGAAUGAAUUUAAAACACGAGAGAAGUAUGUCCACGGAGAUCAUAGAUUCUCAAAGGAUGACUACAAAAAACAGAAUCCAAGAAAAAUCAUCAAAAUGUGGGCGAUGAAAGAAGUGGCAAACCUUAACAGGAUGAGAAAGUUCGACAUUCCGUGUCCCGAGGUACAGUUACUACGGAAACACGUACUGGUGAUGUCGUUUAUCGGUCAAGAUCAGAGACCGGCACCAAAGUUAAAAGAUGCUAGAAUGUCUCAAGCAGAUUUGGAAGAUGCUUAUGAUCAAGUUGUCUCUUUUUUAAGAAAGAUGUACAAAGAAUGUGGCCUGGUUCACGCAGAUCUUAGCGAGUAUAACAUGCUUUGGUGGCGAGAGAAAGUUUGGAUCAUUGAUGUUAGUCAGUCUGUAGAUAUCACACAUCCUAAAGCCAUGGAAUUUUUGUAUAGAGACUGCCAAAAUGUUGCUAGUUUUUUCAUUAAAAAUGGAGUCCAUAAUGUAUUAUCAGCUGAAAAAUUAUUUAACAAAGUUACCAAAUUAGAUAUCAAAGGUCAAGGGUCAGACUUUGUGGCUCAGGUUCAGAGAUAUGACAAAGAAAAGAGAGAGGAAUUGUUAGUGACAGAAUUAAGCAGUAAAACAUAUCCAUUUGACUAUUUCUUUGAGAAAUCACAACGUGAGAGGAGUGAUUUUGAUCAUUUACAAAUUUCUGACAGUGACAGUGAUGAUGAGGAGGGGGACAAUUGAUUUUUGAAUUCUUUAUUUUGAGUGGGGGAGAAAAAUAAAUUCCUGAAAGCAAUUUGAAGGAGGGAGAGGAUAGUGAUUGGAGUAGGAAUUCUUGAAAGGAUUGUGAGGGCUUGGGAACAUUUAUUGUUGAAGUCUUGAUUUUUUGUGGGAAAUUGGACGGAACAUAGAAACUUGUAUUCCUAGAAGCAUUAGGUGGAUUGGGGUGGG